AUGAAGAAAUUUUAUGGGCGGUCACUGGGCUUACGCACAUUGUGCGAAACGAGAUGGAACUCCAUGCAGGGAUGUUUCGCGUCUCUAUUACGUGUACAGUCCGCUCUCGAAAUGCUCUACCGGCAUGACCUUAAAAUUGCUGAAGCUGUAAUUUCGCCACUAUCAUACGCUUCCUAUAGGUUACAGCGUGAUGAGAACACCGUCGGAGACGUGGUCCUGUCGUACCGCGACAUCUUUAAAGGAUUUUCUAGACAUGGCGACGAGCUCGUCAAAUGCGUCGAAGAACGGUGGAGGGAGUGCGAACAACCGCUUUUUAUGCUUGGAUUUGCUCUUCACCCGACCUACGCGGAUGAAGCACGCACACUACCAAAUACUUCCAUCUCUGGUGUUGAAGAUGUUGGUGUUCUCAGAAGUGAUAUGUUUGCUUGGAUGCAACGCAAGUUCACGAGGACGAGACCAAGCGAAUUCAAAGGGUCGGUUUCGGAAUACUGGACAUAUGUUGCUGUGCAAAAGCCCGAAAAGACUUUUUAG